AUGGUACCAUCUCAAGCAAAUAACAGAACAAGAACGAAUCCCAAUAAGUAUACAGACGGUGGCCCGACGGUAACAGUUUAUCAGGAAUCAUCCUCAAGUAGUAUCUCAAAUGAUAACAAUCGGUGCACAUACAUAACUCACUCUUGCAUUCAGAUGAAAAUCAACAAUAAGAUCAGACAGACGGAAAAGACAAUAGAAGGUGACACACGUCAUGAGUGUCCAAAUGGUUAA